GUCUGCCUCACUUUGACGACUGUUCACAACGUGCAGUUACCCCUCCUUGCGGUGGUAUCGACAGUGUUGUUGGUGGUGGUUGUGGGUGGUUGGCUUUUGCCGUGUGACAACACAUAUCACAGGGGAGACUUUAUACAUAUACAAGAGAGGAUAGCACCGCACAGUAUGGGCUUCAUGACAAGUUCUCAAUCACUUCCUUUGCUGCAGUCAGACCUGCCGGUUCGGAUUUGAAGCACCUCUUCUUAAUAAUAUUGACCCCCUUUCUUCAAUAAACCCUAUCUAUCAUUAGCUACCUGUUGACCGGGGGUAUCUCCAAAAGCAUACGCCAUGGGACACAUCACAGAUGCAAGCGGCGUCAGCUUUACCAAUCCUCUCAAGAGGACACCAUCAGCCGAGCAAGCGGUCAUGACGUAUGCGAGAAACGACUCUCGGCCCAUUACGUUUGGUCUGGUGAAAGGUACUCCUGCCUGGAAAGGAGACGAGACCUGGCAUACGGGUGGAACUGAUCCGAAUGCCCCGGAGCACCUCACCGUCGAGUUGAAGGACAGCAACGGAAAUCACAUCACCACCAAGCAUAUCGACCGCAAUGGAAAUGCGUGCUGAGCAACGGACC